UUAUUACCAUUUUUUACCCACGUGGGGGUUGAUGUCCUCUGCUCGUUGACGGUGAUAUAAAGUGUAUUUUAUUAGAAGCACCGUAAUAGCUAAAAUCAUGGCGCAGCUUUCAGAAUCUCAGCUAAAGCUUGUUGCAGACUUGGAAAUGGAGAUGAUGGCUGAUAUGUAUAAUAGAAUGACAACAGCAUGUCAGAAAAAAUGCAUUCCACCAAAAUAUCGUGACGCAGAACUUACUAAAGGAGAGGCAGUUUGUUUGGAUCGAUGUGUGGCCAAAUACCUUGAAAUUCAUGACCGCAUUGGCAAAAAACUGACAUCAAUUUCUCAGCAAGAUGAAGCUGCAAUGAAGAAACUUCAAGCUCAGAUUCAACAAAAGUAGACACUUAGAACAUGAGAAACAUUGUGUAUUUGUGUGCAUUGUGAAUGAUUGCGUGGGUCAGAAGUAGCCCCACAACUGAAGAUUGAACCAUUGGUGUUAGAAACUACUUCUUGUCUGGUGACCAAUGCUUAGCAGCUGGCACCAUAUAUGCCACACUGUUAGAAGCUGGUAGAAAGGUCUGUGAAAGUGCUGGUUGAAUGUGAAACCUUGAAAAAAAAACUGCAUAGCAAAUAGGCACAUUUAUAAUAUAUUCAUAUUAGUAUAUCAUAUACUUGUAUGCUAUUUUUUUCCAUGUACAUAAGGUAAGGGUUAGGAACGUCUGGCCCGUGUAAUCAUUUGCCCACUAAGGCAGUCACAGAUUUCAGUAAAUCUGUAAGCUUUUUCAUAGCAACAUCAAUGUAUAUUAGGUGAAUAAUAAUAAAUUUUGAUGGACAAGCAAGAAACCCUCAUUACGGGAUAUGACACAGAUGAUCGAGCAGAUGACAGGAUGUAUGAUUAACCUGGAUGAUUCUGGGGAAUUAUGUAUGCAUAUUACCUUCACCCUGACCACUCCAGUUUGAUGUUCGCUCUAGAUACACGUAGUGUUCUUUAACUCGUAAAAAAUUAUCGUCAACAUUGCUGUGUACCUUAGUGUACCUUUCAGGCAUACAAGCGUCCAACAUUAUCUUUCGUGGGUUUCUAAGAGAUGAACAAAUGAAAAGGUUUUGGCUGAUAAAAAUUUGUUUUCAUUAUGGGUUUAUUUGUGCAAGUAUCUCUGUGUACGUAGACACUUGCAAAUGCCACUAACUCCUCCAUCAGUUUGUAUUAAAUAGUUAAGAUUAUCAUUAUUAAUGCACUUCAAAAUCACAAGAAAAGAGAUUUUGCUAUUGUCUCCUGGGAAUGUUUCAUUUAUAAACAUACAUUUUACAACAACAGUUGUUUCUCUGUUUUUCAUGUGACCAGAACAUAUUUUUUGCGCACCUAAUUACAAAAUGGCAGAUUGUGGUGACUCAGAGAACAGGCAGGUUGGAAUUGUACACAUUCCAAAAGUGUUGGCACACUGUGGCAAAACUACAAUUUGAUGAAACAAAGCUAAUUUUAAAAUUUGUAUGGCCUGCAAAGAUAAAUAUCAAAAUGGCUUGAGGGAAAAAAGGUUCCCCGACUUUUCCUAAGAGAUAUUAAAAAAUUUCAAUGAUCUGUGUAUAUUGGUAGAGUUUAAACUAUUUUUAAGACAUUCUUAGGUGUUUAUAACAUUAAAUAGGUCUUGUUAUUAGUGUUGUGAAUAUUUAAAGUUACCUUUUUUUAACAACUGCAAAUAAAAGCAUAUCGAUACCUUCA